CCUGGGCGGCCGCGGGGCUUGGAGGCGCCGGGACCGAGGGGCCGCCGUGCCCGGCGGGGCGCCGAGAGGAGGCCGCGGCGGGGGACCCGCUCGGGCCGCCCCCGCGCGGGAUGAGCCGCCGCGCCGCCAGCACUGCCUCCGCCGCGCAGAUUGCCAUAUGCAAUGGACACUGAUCUCAGUUCCCAGGACAGGAAGGACCUGGACAAGUUCAUCAAAUUUUUUGCUCUGAAGACGGUACAGGUAAUUGUCCAGGCCCGACUUGGAGAGAAAAUCUGUACCCGAUCAUCAUCCUCCCCAACAGGUUCUGACUGGUUCAAUUUGGCAAUCAAAGACAUACCAGAAGUUACUCAUGAAGCAAAGAAAGCCUUGGCAGGACAGCUGCCUGCUGUUGGACGGUCUAUGUGCGUGGAGAUUUCUCUCAAAACCUCAGAGGGAGAUUCCAUGGAGUUGGAAAUUUGGUGUCUAGAAAUGAAUGAAAAGUGUGACAAAGAAAUCAAAGUUUCAUACACCGUAUACAACAGGCUGUCUCUACUACUUAAGUCUUUACUUGCUAUAACCAGAGUAACUCCAGCCUACAGACUCUCAAGGAAACAAGGCCAUGAAUAUGUAAUAUUGUACAGGAUAUAUUUUGGUGAAGUGCAGCUGAGUGGCUUGGGAGAAGGUUUCCAGACAGUCCGUGUUGGGACAGUGGGUACUCCAGUGGGCACCAUCACUUUGUCUUGUGCCUACAGAAUCAACCUUGCCUUCAUGUCCACCAGGCAGUUUGAGAGGACCCCUCCUAUCAUGGGGAUUAUCAUUGAUCACUUUGUGGACCGUCCCUAUCCCAGCUCUUCGCCCAUGCAUCCCUGCAAUUACAGAGCUGGGGAGGACAAUGGUGCAGUGUACCCCUCCGUGGAAGAUUCCCAAGAAGUUUGUACGACAUCUUUCUCCACCUCUCCUCCAUCUCAGUGUGUUUUUACUGUCACAAAGGCACAUUUUCAGACCCCUCCUCCUGUGGUGAUGGACACCUUGAAGGUCCCAGUGAUGGGACUGGCCUUUUCACAUCAACUUUCCAGCUCUCGUCUUUCCUAUCAGCCUGCUGGCCUGGCAGUUGGACCAGCUGACAUGGGGUAUCCUGUACUCUUUGCUGGUGGCUUGAAUGCUGCACACCCUCACCAGUUAAUUGGUCCAGGAAAAGAGGGGGGGGUGCCUCCUGUUCCUAGCCAGCCAGCACACGGCACUCAAGCUGACCAAGAAAGGAUAUGCACCCCACUAGAUGGAGCCCACUACUCAACAGUUACUCCUUCUAGUAGUGAGGACACAGAAACAGUAUCAAACAGCAGCGAAGGAAAGUGUGGCUCCCCACAUGACCUUCUGGAAACCAUCUUUAUCCGGAAGGUGGGAGCUUUUGUCAACAAACCCAUUAAUCAGGUGACCAUGGCCAACUUAGACAUUCCUUUUGCCAUGUUUGCUCCCAAGAAUGUUGAGCUUGAAGAUAACGACCCCAUGGUGAAUCCUCCCGACUCCCCAGAAACUGAAUCGCCUCUGCAAGGCAGCUUACACUCAGAUGGCUCCAGUGGCAGCAGCACAGGGAACACCCACGAUGACUUUGUUAUGAUUGACUUUAAACCAGCAUUUUCAAAAGAUGACAUUCUUCCAAUGGAUCUGGGGACAUUUUACCGUGAGUUUCAGAACCCACCUCAACUCAGCAGCCUCUCAAUUGACAUUGGAGCUCAGUCCAUGGCAGAGGAUUUGGACUCGUUACCAGAGAAGCUGGCAGUCCAUGAGAAAAAUGUAAAAGAGUUUGAUGCCUUUGUAGAAACCUUGCAGUGAAACUGUCUUCCAGUUUUGCUGCAGCAGUUCUUCUUCUUCAAGGCAUCCUAGAGAAUGGUGUCAACAAAUAUCUGUCUUUCACCCCCCUCUGCCUUUUGCCUCAUUUGACAGUUUCCCUCCAUUAGUGAGCUUUGUCUGAUUACUGUCUUCAGCAGCAGACACAGCUCAACUGCUAGUUUUCCUCAGUUACACCACUGCAUAGAUGUGGACUGCUUUUCUCAUCAACAUUCAGUUUUGAAUUUGUGACGUUAAUGGAGACACAGGAAGUCAAACUGCAAUGUAUGAAACAUUUUCAGUCUCUGUUCUGUUUGGAGAGGUUUGUGAAAAGCUGCCAUAUGCUUCCUCCAGAGGUCCUACAGUAUAAUUUCUCCAGAUGUAGCGUCUUGCUAACAGACUAUUUUUCCUACAGUCUUCAGUUCUGUUAGAGCAUAGAAAGCUUUGGCUUAUUUCCAAGGUCUGUGAGUUCAGCAGAUUCAAAGUUUUAAGUCUAGGACAUCCAUCCACAGAAUGGGGCAUUUCAUCCUGACUUCAAUGUGAGUGCCUGGAGCACAGCAAGAGACACUGGGACCUGUAUAAUACAAGUUACCUUUGUUUUUUGCUUCCAAGGAACUGGGUCUCUACAUGGUCUUUUUCUGUGAGGCCUUCUGUUAUGUUUGUCAGAUAAGCAGGAGUGAAAUUACAGAAGUGCUUUCUAUGUUUCCUUUCCACUCUUUCCUGAGAGAAUUGAAACUCUGAUGUGCUGAGUUUAUGAGUCUUGACUUUGUUGGCAGUUCUGCAAGCAGCAGCUGGGAUGAUGCUGAAUUCAUAGUCUCUGCUUUUAAAAUGCAACUGUAAAUAUUAGGAAUCCUAUUUCUUUAGGGUUAUGUAAUUAGAGGUCUUAGUCCAAGAUUCUUUCCUCUAACCUUUGCAAACUUUGCUGCUUUAUGGUUAAUAGAUGAUCUUAAGAAUCAAGAAAUAUUUAUUGCUUUUAAAGAAACCUAUAUUUAAAAGAUGUUCUGUUUUCAUGUAGUAGUGCGGGUCAUUCUGCUCUGGAUCACUGCAAAGAGCAAGUGUGCCAUGGAAUCCUGUCCAGUGAGAAUGGAAAAAAAAAUCCAGGAUAUUUAUUUUCUGAGACAAACUUGAUUAAUAUAAUACGCUCUUUUGGGGACACAGUUUCCAUUACAUCCAGUCAGGGCCCAUUGAUGCAAUGAAAACGCACACAUCAUUGUAGUGGAGUGGCAGGGACUUACUUAGCAAAAAGCUGCAUUCUGAUAGGCAUGUAUGAAUCUGCUGUGUUCUUCAGCCAUUCAGAAGGCAGCUUCUUUAAAGAAGCACAUUUUUGGGGAGGCUUAUGGUACUUUUAAAUCAGUUGGCUUUUGAUUAGCUGAAAGUUUAUUUUUAUAAUGAGCUAGCUAUUAGCAGUGUGACUGGCUGGCAAUGCUCUGUGGUUGCUUUGGCUGUUGUAUGUCCUUUGCCUGAUGUGAGGAAGAGAGGAGAAAUAGUGACACUAAGCAGAAACUUAGAUAAGGUAGGUGUUGUGGUUCUCGCCCCUUCUCCCAUGUGUAACUACAGUGAGCAACUGCAAGACCUCCUUAUGGUCCUAGAACACUUUUUUUUUUUUUUUUUUUUUUUUCCUCCUAGAGGUGGAGUUGUGCUUCCUCUGUACUGAGGAACCAUCUUAAUUUCCUUUGACUGGUGGAGUAACAAGCCUUCUAGUUACCGAAAUGUGACUUCUUCAAUGUAGCUGUAUUCCUUAUUGAAAAAGAUUGCUGGCAGAUGGCAAUAGGCUGUGGGAAUCUCUAGGUCACUAUCUCUGUGCUGCUCCUAGAGCAAGGAACUGAGGUCAGGAUAUAGUGUAUUGUAAAGCAGAUCAACACAAUGCUUAGAACUUUACCAGCUUUCUUGUUGAGUAGUGUGUUUGGUGGGAGGUCAUAUGUGCUCUAAAACCCCAGGUAAGAGCUUUAUUGAAGGACAGUUAGCCACCAUCCUUUCUACUUUAGUAAACCAAUCCAGCUUUUCAGCAAUGAUGUCAUAUACAGAAGUUCCUUACUCCUUGCAAAGACGCACAGAUGUUCAAAAAGCCUUUCUAGAUAAACAGCUUGCAAGGGGGCUUUGGUUACAUGGUAAAUAAUAAAUACUUGAUCCGCACAGCCAGAUCCGCCUUCCUGUACAGGUGCAAGAAGUAUCAGAAGGGUCCAGGAACUCAAGGAAUUAGUGCAUCAUCAGGCUCUCCUCUGCUUAGGAAGUUGGUCUCUACCACCUUGCAGGAAGUGGGCUGUCGCCUUUCCCUUAAUUUACAGGUUGUGCUUGGGAAAGUUUUAUUAUCUGAGCUGCCAAGCAGCGGAGAUUGAGUAAAGUGCUGGUUCACACUGUAUUCACAGAGAAGACUGGAAUAGAUUGAGUUUCAUCUGGCCAGUGCUGCUACUGUCCUGUUGUUACACUGAAAAGCUGUGGAGUUGAUAGAAAAUACACCAUUCUUGCUGAUGCUAUCCCAGUGGUCCCCAGAGCCAAAUAUUCAUGCUCGUUUGUUCACGUAGUUCUGAACACGGCUUCAGCUCCCACAUCUCACAAGGCAGAAUUUCAGUGUAGCAGGUGUUUUUCUGCUUCAAAGGCUAGAAAAUUGUCUAUAGGAGCUGCCAGGGAUGAGCUGGAUGGUCAUAGCAAUAAAGAUCUUCUCUAGAGCUGAGGUACGUGCCUGUUUUCUGGAUACUCCUCGGCUUUAACACCUAGUUUCUAUAUCUGGACUACCAGAUCUCUGAUCACUGCAUUAAUGUUCAGCUUCAUGAAGAUCUAGCUGCUGCUGUGGCCUGCCACAGAUAGUGUUAUGAGGGCUGUUUAUUUUAGCAGCCAUUCUCAGUUCUAUGUUAAGGACAGUAUGUACGUAGCUGCUGAUUUACAGAUGCUUUGGGUGAAGGGGAAGGGUCCUAAAUUGCAUUGUUUUGGAAAUAGUCUCCAAUGUACUUCAAGUAUUCAAAGAAUUUCCAAUAAAACUUUUAUGUAAGCAA